AUGAAUCGCCCUCACAGCACUCCGCCUAAACAACAAACCACCAACCUUAUUGAUCUGGAUGACGAUCUGCUUCCGUCAGGUGGUUGUCAACCACUCAUGUGCACUCUUGCACCAUUAGCUCCAACUCCAGUUGGUGCAGCUGCAUCGAUGUCCUCACUAGAGCCGGAGCCUCCAACGAUAGAUUGGGGUGCGCCUAGUAGUACGCAGCAACCCACUAUUCGUGCACCAUCAUUACCGAACCUUGCAUCGCAGAAUUCACCCGCUUUCCCCGUUACGUUUGAGGAGGAGUCAUCAGCAGUGGCAGAUAAUGGCCCAUUACACCAACUUCCACCAGCACCGGCAAGACUACAUCAGAACACUCCUGCUGCCCAAUCUCUGGCGGCUAGCAGCGGACGAGACCCAUUCAUAGUGAUGUGGGAACAAAUCAAGAAUGUACCUCUCAGUAACAUCACACAA